UCGGUCCGCUCUUGGGCCGCACGACCCUCAGCCCCGCCCUGUGUGCCGGGGCCAGACGCUGGGGCUCUAUGGUCCGCGCCGCCGGGUGCUCGGUCGCCCCGCCCCGUCCCUGCCAACGCCCGCUCUGUGGGUCGGUCAGUCAGUCCCGGAGCGCGCGCCGCGGGAGCAGAGGGAGAGGAGCGGCGCGCCUGGAGAGGCGGCGUUGCGGCGGGGGCACGCGGGCAGCUGCUGCCUCGCGCGGGGCUCCCGGAGGGCCGAGGGGCUGCCACGAUGGAGCAAUUAUCAGAUGAAGAAAUUGACCAUGGUGCUGAAGAAGACAGUGACAAGGAAGAUCAGGACCUGGAUAAAAUGUUUGGAGCCUGGCUUGGGGAACUGGACAAACUUACUCAGAGUUUGGAUUCUGACAAGCCUAAAGAACCAGUGAAAAGAUCUCCUCUUCGCCAGGAAACAAACAUGGCCAACUUUUCUUACCGCUUCUCCAUAUACAACUUGAAUGAAGCUCUGAAUCAGGGAGAGACUGUGGAUCUGGAUGCCCUGAUGGCUGAUCUCUGCUCCAUAGAACAGGAGCUCAGCAAUAUUGGCUCAGGAAAUAGUAAGCGUCAAGUCACAGAACCAAAAGUCACUCAGAAGCUACCUAGCCGGCAUACGUCGAAACAUGGCUCUCUGAGAGGAGUAGGAGUAUCAUCUUCUUCUAAUAGAACAACUACUAAACCUUCCCAUGCUAACUACUCCCUGGAUGACAUCACUGCACAAUUAGAACAGGCUUCCUUGAGCAUGGAUGAGGCCGCUCAGCAAUCUGUAGUAGAAGAUUCUAAACCUUUAAUGACGAAUCAGCACAGAAGGACUGCAUCAGCUGGCACUGUGAAUGAUGUUGAAGUGCACUCUGUUAGUAACUCCUCCCGUUCGAGCAUCACUUCUGCAGCUUCUAGCAUGGAUUCUUUGGAUAUUGACAAAGUGGUGCGCCCUCAAGAACUGGAUUUGACAACACAUCAGGGACAGCCAGUUACUGAGCACUCCUAUCUGGACAGGGAAACCUCCCUUCUUCUGAGAAACAUUGCAGGAAAACCUUCUCAUUUGCUGACCAAGGAGGAACAAGCGGCAAAACUGAAAGCUGAGAAGAUUAGAGUUGCCCUGGAAAAAAUUAAAGAGGCUCAAGUGAAAAAGUUGGUGAUCAGGGUCCACAUGUCUGAUGACAGUUCUAAAACCAUGAUGGUGGACGAGAGACAAACCGUGAGACAAGUGCUGGAUAACCUGACGGACAAAUCUCACUGUGGCCACAGUUUAGACUGGUCGCUGGUGGAGACCAUUUCUGAGUUACAGAUGGAGAGAAUCUUUGAAGACCAUGAAAACUUAGUUGAAAAUCUUCUUAAUUGGACAAGAGAUAGCCAAAACAAGCUUAUAUUUAUGGAACGUAUAGAAAAAUAUGCACUUUUUAAAAACCCACAGAAUUACCUUCUUGGGAAAAAGGAAAGAGUUGAGAUGGCAGACAGAAACAAAGAAGUGCUGUUAGAGGAAUGUUUUUGUGGAAGUUCUGUAACUGUCCCAGAAAUUGAAGGAGUCCUUUGGUUAAAAGACGAUGGCAAGAAGUCCUGGAAGAAGCGUUACUUUCUCUUGCGAGCAUCUGGCAUCUACUAUGUCCCUAAAGGAAAAGCAAAGGUAUCUCGGGAACUGGUGUGCUUUCUUCAGCUGGAUCAUGUUAAUGUGUACUAUGGACAGGACUAUCGGAGCAAGUACAAAGCACCCACAGACUGUUGUCUGGCAUUAAAGCACCCACAGAUCCAGAAGAAGUCUCAGUAUAUCAAGUACCUCUGCUGUGACGAUGUGAGGACUCUGCACCAGUGGGUCAAUGGGAUCCGAAUCGCAAAGUAUGGGAAGCAGCUCUACACAAAUUACCAAGAAGCCUUGAAGAGGACAGAGUCUGCUUAUGAUUGGACUUCUUUAUCCAGCUCCAGCAUUAAAUCUGGGUCCAGUUCUUCCAGCAUCCCAGAGUCUCAGUCAAAUCAUUCUAAUCAGUCUGACAGUGGAGUCUCUGACACCCUACCCACAGGACACAUCCGUUCCCAAAGCACUGUGAGCUCCAUGUUCUCGGAAGCCUGGAAGCGUGGCACUCAGUUGGAAGAGUCCAACAAGGCCAGAAUGGAAUCUAUGAAUCGGUCCUACACUUCACUUAUGCCCCCUCUGUCCCCUCAAACUAAGAUCAUCACCCCUUAUACUGCCUCACAACCUUCACCCCCUCUGCCUCCUCCUCCACCACCACCUCCUCCUCCUCCGCCUCCACCACCUCCACCACCACCUCCUCCUCUCCCUAGCCAGUCUGCACCUUCUGCAGGCUCAUCAGCCACCAUGUUUGUCAAGUACAGCACAAUCACCAGGCUACAAAAUGCAGCUCAGCAUUCAGGGUCCCUGUUUAAGUCUCCGCCACCCCCAGCGAUGCAACCUCCGCCUUUAGCUUCACAGUCCCUCAAGGCUCAAAUUGUGGUGCCCCCCAAUGGAGUUAUUCCUCCACCCCCUCCUCCUCCACCACCCCCAACCCCUGGUUCAGCCAUGGCCCAGUUAAAGCCAGUGCCAUGUGCCCUAUCCCUGCCACAGUUCUCCCAGCCCCCUCCACUGAAGACUAAUCAAGUUCAUCAAGUGGCACCUCCCACACCCCCACCAGCUCCUCCCAUCCCUGCAGCUGUCCCUCCUCAAGCACCCCCUAAACCCCUGGUGACCAUUCCUCUUUCAGCCAGCACCAAAACUGUACCGUCAGUAGUGGCACAGGCUGUACCACUCACCCCUGCACCUCCAGUGCCCCCAGCAAAGAAACAGCCAGCUUUCCCCAUUUCUCACAUUCCACCCUCUCCCCCUGUUCAGCCUGCUCCAUGUCCACCACCAACACUACCCAAGCAGCAGAGCUUUGGGGUGAAGCCACCCCCCUCUCCACUGUCCCCCAUGCCCUCAGUAGUGAAGCAGAUAGCCAGUCAGUUUCCACCUUCCCCCACUCCUCCGCCUGUGGACUCACAGCCCCCAAAACCCCUCCCAGCAAGUGUCACCCCACAGUCCCCUCCUGCCGUGAAAGCAAAGCCCAAGUGGCAGCCCAGCUCAAUCCCUGUCCCUUCUCCAGAUUUCCCUCCUCCCCCUCCAGAAAGCAGCCUGGUGUUUCCUCCUCCACUUCCUCCAAGCCCAGCCCCACCCCCACCCCCACCCCCACCCCCAGAGCCACCCGUGGCUUCACCAAUCCCUGACAAAGGUGGAUCUCCAGGCAAAAAGCCAAGUAAGAUGUCCAGCCCUGGGGGAAAGAAACCGCCCCCAACCCCACAGCGCAACUCCAGCAUUAAGUCUGCCGAGCACCCUGAGCCCAAGCGACCCUCGGUAGACAGUCUAGUCAGCAAGUUUGCACCGCCAGCAGAAUCGGGAUCUCCCCACAAGGAGACCCCACCUCCUCCUGCAGCGCCUCCCAAACCUGGGAAACUACACCUUUCUGGAGUCAAUCUCCCUGGAAUCCACCAGCAAGGGAGUGUGUCAACAACGCCUUCUGUUCUGAGUGGGCGUGGAAAGGACUCCGUAGUGGAAUUUCCAUCUCCUCCAUCCGAUUCUGACUUUCCACCCCCUCCACCUGAAAUAGAGCUUCCUCUGCCCCCUAUUGAGAUUCCAGCCAUAUUCUCGGGAAGCACCUCCCCCAAAGUGGCAGUUGUUAAUCCUCAACCACAGCUAUGGUCUAAAACAUCUGUGAAGAAGGCCCCGCCCACCCGGCCCAAACGAAAUGAUAGCACCCGCCUCACUCAAGCUGACAUCUCUGAGCAACCAGCGAUGACCACAGUUGUGCCACAAGUGCCCACCUCUCCCAAAUCCAGCCUUAGUGUCCAGCCUGGAUUCCUAGCUGAUCUUAACAGGACACUGCAGCGCAAGUCUAUCACGCGGCAUGGCUCCCUCUCCUCUUCACGAAUGUCCAGAGCAGAACCCACAGCCACCAUGGACGACAUGGCACUACCCCCACCACCACCAGAACUGCUGUCUGACCAGCAGAAGGCUGGCUUUGGAGGCAGUCAUAUUUCAGGCUAUGCAACAUUGCGAAGAGGACCCCCUCCUGCUCCCCCUAAAAGAGACCAGAAUACUAAGCUCUCAAGAGACUGGUAGCCACAAGACUUAAUAUCUAUAAUCAGUUCUACAAUCAGUUUACCUGAUCAUCUGUGAAUCCAGGUGUUCAGAGCCUCCUGAUAUGUUAUUCAGGUAGUGUCCAGCUGUAUGUGUGUUGAUUGUGUGUAUAUACGUAUGUAUACAUCUGUGAAUGUGUAUAUAUGGAGAGAACUGAUUCUAUUUAUUUCUUUUGCCUCCUAAUCAGAAAAGAGGGUUUUGUAUAUUUUGAGCGGAAGGAGACAUAGGAGGAGCUAUGUUGUCACUUAUAAUUUGUUUAUCAUAUGGAUUGGACCAAAAUCUAGAAGGUAUUUUGUAACUGUCUGUUCAUGUGCCACCGUGCAUGUGUUACAGAAGAAAUAGAUGGACAGUUUCUCAGUUUGAGGAUGUCACGAGAAUGUUUGCUAUAUCAGUAGGGCUUUUUUGUUUUACCCAGUUGGCUGAAUUUAGAACUGCUUAACUGACACUUAAAUUCUACAUAUAAAGGGGCACUUUAAUUCAGGAAAGCCUUCCAUAGACAGAACGGGUAAAUGGCCCAGCAAGGGGAAAUGCUGAAGACACUGUGGUUGUACAUAGGAAAGUCAUGGCGUUCUAGUUGCAAUAGUUCUGCCAUGAGCCCAGCCACAUCUUGAGAUGUCUUCACAGGUAAGCUUUUUGCCUAAAACACAAGAAAUAUCUAAUGCUAUAAUCCUAACUACUUUCAGUAAUUGCAAACCUUCAUCAGUUUGGUUUCAGGAGUCUUGCUUUUUUGUAGAAUGUUCAGCACACACUGUAAUGUACUGCCCCAAUAAUGUCUUUGGGUCAUUUAUUUACCUUCGCAUAUAGUGUGUACAUUACAGACAUUUGAAUUUGUGGAUAGUAGAAAUAUGAAAUAUACUCCCUGUGCCCAGUGUAGUACAUUAUUAAAAACAAAGUCAACUUCUGCAAUGCCUUCUUUACAAGUUGUUCUCCACGAGAGAUAAAGAAGACAAGACAGUAUCAUUCAUCGUGUUUUAAUGCAAAGAAUCCAUUUGGGAUAGGACUAUCAUGAUCAAAACGAGUUUUCACAAUUUCAUCCAUAGCUACUAGAGCUGCUAAGAUCUUUUCUGUUUAGCUUGAGUGUAGGGCUUUUACAGGUGGCCAGGUGUUCCGAUGGAGCAGUGCCAUAGUCCACUUAAAGCAAGCACGUACUGACGGCUCUACUAUGUUCACAGUGUUCUCUGCACUUUUGGUACAUGAGAAAAGCGUGUACUUACCAACUUAGAGUGAUAGGCUGAUGGGAAAGAAAUGCAAUCCUAGUUAUUUAUUUAUUUAUUUAUUUUUGGUUUUUCGAGACUGGGUUUCUCUGAAUCCUAGUUAUUUUUAAGCAAGAGAAUAAAAGCUGUCCAACCCACUUCUUACAAAUGAGCACAUCUUGUAAAGAAUCUGUGCCUGCUGUAAAGAUAACCAGUGCCAAAUGCAGAAAUCUUUUGGUCCUGUCCCUCAAGCAGAAAGUAACGCUAAUGAAUCUGGAUAAAGAAGAUAGAAUAAUUGGAGAAGAUAGUCUUCACACUGUGGCAAGUUUCACUACCCUAAUUUCCAGUAAGGAACUGCACCAUAAAGAUGUGUAAGUGGCAACUCCCACACAUCUCUAGCCACUCUUCAGAUAGCCAUGCAGUUAGGGGAAAAAGACUAAAAGUCAUUGUACUUUUUAAAAAACCCUACUUAGAUUUUUUUUUUGAUCUUUGAAAUUGCUCACCAAGUAUUUAUGUGCUUACAAUUCUUAUGAUUAUGAAAUGAUCUUUAACAUAACUGCAGUUAGUUUCAACGUGCACAACAAAUGUAUUUAAUCUGAAUACAGAUGCCAAGCCACUGAAGUACUUCCUCGUACUCAUCGACCUGCAGUUCUCCAUUCAAUCUACAGAAAACCAAGAGUGCAGAUCCCUGGGGUUUAUCUCUAGGGUGUUUCUGUUUUCUUUUUAAAUUAAGCUAGUUAGGCAACUUAAGAUUUCCUUGAGCGCAAAAAUAUGUACCUCCAAUCUAGAUUGAACCCAAAAUCAACAACCUUCAUUUUGUCAAUGUGGACUCAUGGGAACUCCACGCCCUUCCUGAGGCACCGUCUGUUCUAACUCAUCUUGUGACAGCAUGCAGUCCCUAUAGCUCUCCAGAGACAGAAACAGCUGUUAAUUAAAAACAAAACAAUAAACCAAAGUGCCACAUUCCUAUUUUAUUUCUCACUGCUUAGUGAUGACAUGUAGUUUUCUUUCUUUUUCUCUGGUGUGUCCAUGGACAAGACCUACUGCCAGCCAACACUAGUUCUGUGCCUUCUUCCACUGCCCGUAGCGCAGCAGCUCCAGCUCGCACGGCUUUUUCAGGCAGUGCAGGGCCUGUGGAGGCUGCCUGGACACUAACAGUGAACAGAGUGAAGGAUCUUUGCUCCUGAGGGCAGACAGGUGCUUUUCAGAAUUGGUUUGGUGACAUCCUCAAUUUUUAUUAUAUAGUAAUUUCAAGUCUCUUAGUACUUAAAGUUUGGGCACCAACUCUGAAGCAGCCAAACCUAUUCUCAAUAAAAUGACCUAACGGUGAUCCAUAGGUGCCGGCAUGAGUACACUGUAUAUUAAGUCUCCCCUGCUUGGAAUUUAGUCCCAAAAGAUUUUAAUAUGCGUUCUCUCAUCUUUUAGUCACUGUAAUUCUCAUCUGGAGGAAAGAAGGUCUGUUUCAGACAUCUACUUAACUGUAUAACACUUUUUUUUCCAAUGUCUAAACUUUUUUAACAUAAGAAAGAUGGCUGGAUCUUAAAGAUUAUCAAAAAGAUCUAUUUUCAUUAGACAAUGAAGAGAGAUAACAAUGGGUUUCUGUUUUUGCUUUUUCUUAAGUCGUCCAAAAUCAAGGUGCUCUUACCCACUGAUGGUAUAUCUUGCAAUGGGCUGAGAACUGUUUUGGGUCUCCUCCCUGUAUUGUACUUUGAUAAAUUAGAAUUGAGAGGUCACAGUAAUUCUAAUAGGGUAACAACUCUAAGGUCUGGAUCAACAGAAUCCAGGGUUCAGGAGCUGGGCAGCAGUGUGAACCGGUUCCUCAGACUUCCACAGAACAUGUCACCUUUGCUACUCAAAUAGAGCAGUUUUAUGUUACAAACACAAGGGCAGUGUUUAAGCAAAUAAACCCAUUCAAAGCAUUUUCCCUUAUCACCAAAACUAGCAAUAUAACCGAUGCAAUUCCAGAUUUUACCCCAGCUUAGAACAAUUAAAACAAUGCCCUGUAUGAUUGUGUGAUGGCUUUCGAUAAAACUGGGGUAAUUAUUUUUGUUUAUACAUGAAGAUGGCUUUCUUUUAAAAAAAAAAAAAGUCCCUUUCAAAUUGAACCGUUAAUUUUUUAAUUUUAACUUUUUAUUAUCUGUUAUAUGUGACCUCUCUCAAAGUUGACCCAAAGGGAAAUGCAAGGUGGGGGGAUCCCACCAUCUUUCAAGAUGGUCCUUUGAAAACCUAGUGAAAACAUGUUACCCUUUAAUACUCUACCAUCAAAACUACAAGUGUAAAAGACAACUAAAAUUUAAGUAUAGAAUUGCUUAAUGAAGCAACAUAUAAUGUGUUGGAGGGCAGGGGGGCUCUGGUUUACUCUGAAGUUAACCAUCCUAGACAGCUGUCUGCUAUAAUCCCCAGUGCCUUGAACUCUUUAGAGGAAAGCAUGUAAAAACAACAAAAACAACCAAGUAAACUUUGAGGUGCUAAUGAAAGAGGGGACAGGUAAGUAUUUCUGAACUUUUGGCAGAAAUGGAGGGGGAUGACUGUCUUGUAUUACAGGAGUUUUCAUCCACCUAAAUGGAGUCUGUUUUCUACCAAAGAUAGAGAAGUGGCUCAAGUCAACAAAGUUCUAUUUAAGAGCUGGCCAAAUUUGGGAGCUUGUUGUUCAUAAGCUAUGAAUUUCAAGCAAGUGAUUGUUAAAGCAUCAACUUCUUAGGAAGACAAGGGAAACAGGGAAUACAUUUUUAGAAACUAUCCAUUCAUUAAAUUUGUUACAAUUUAAUACCAAAAAUGCUGGUUUUCAUAUCCCACCUCCUAGUUUUUCCUGUAUUUGUAAAUAGUCCCCCCUAGAAAAUAAGCAUUAAUUGGAAUGUUUGAAAUGACUUUGCUUAGUUUUAAUAUCAGCCACUUAGUGAACUCUUCCUCCAGAGCAGAGAUAAAUAACGUAAAAUAUGAUUAGUUUGUGCUAAGUGUUGUAAAAAUACUGUUUGCUCUCUUCACUGGGUUGUUGUCUCCUUUCCCUGUUUUUUUUUUUUUUCUCCCAAGAAUGGAGUCCAGGCUCACUCUGACGUCUAGCUGUGAGAAUUUUGUCAUAAUAGAUACAAUAGUAUACUUUUUAAAGGCAUGACGAUAACAAAUGUACCAGAAAGAGGUCAUUAUUCAGAAGAUUAUGCACAAUUUGGUAAAGAUGAAGUUGUGGAUUUCUUUCAGCCUUUAUUAUUUUCUUCUGCAUAAAUGUACACUCAUUUCAUCAUGUGCCUUGCUCCCUGAUUGUGCAAAGCUGUACACACAUACAUACAUACACACACACACACACAUAUAUACACAUAUAUGAGAAAGAGAUGUAUUCAUUCAGUACUACUGAUGAUGAUUUUUGUUCUACUGCUGGAUUAAGUCUCUGAGUUCUCACUUGUCAUAAACUAUUGUAGCAGCUCAGGACAGUGGUCGGAUAGAGUAAAUUUGUUUUUGUAGUUGCAUAUUUUGUCAUCAAGCCCAAUCAUUAAUUAAAAAAAAAUUAAAUAGAUUCCAUUUAAACACAAGGAUUUUGAGUGUUUUGGAUGAAUACCACUAAGAACCUGGUUUUAUAGGGCUGGAGAGAUGACUCAGCUGUUAAGAAUGCUUUCUGCUCUUCCAGAGGACCAGAGUUCAGUUCCCAGCACCCACGUCGGGCAACUCAAAACCACCUAUAACUCCAGCUCCAAAGGAUCCAAUGUCCUCUUCUGGCCUCCA